GGGACCAUGAACGAGGCGAAGGAAUCGCUGCGGAGCAUCGAGCAGAAGUACAAGCUGUUCCAGCAGCAGCAGUUCACCUUCGUGGCGGCGCUGGAGCACUGCCGGGAGAACGCCCACGACAAGAUCAAGCCCAUCGCCAGCAUCGAGCAGGUGCAGAGCUACACGGAGCACUACUGCACCAACUCCACAGACCGCCGCAUCCUGCUCAUGUUCCUGGACAUCUGCACGGAGCUGAGCAAGCUCUGCCAGCACUUCGAGACCCUGCACCCAGGCACCCCGAUCACCAAUAGCUUCCUGGACAAAUGCAAGACCUUCGUGAGCCAAAGCAAUGACCUGAGCAGCCUGAGAGCCAAGUACCCCCAUGACGUGGUGAACCACCUGAGCUGCGACGAGGCCAGGAACCACUACGGGGGCGUGGUCAGCCUCAUCCCCAUCAUCCUGGACCUGAUGAAAGAAUGGAUCGCCCACUCGGAGAAGCUGCCCCGCAAAGCGCUGCAGCACGUGAGUGGGCCCGACACGCCCACGCCGGGGCGCCCUGCGGCCCCUGUGCCUUCUGCCCAAGCCACGAGCUCCCGGGCCCGCGCUACAAAACACCCCAGUAGGCAACUUACAAAAGGCAGCCUCAAACCCGGGGGGGUAGACCAAGGAUGUUCAAAACCCCCCUGGAGACCCCCUGGUGGGAAACUGUAACCCAGAGCCAAUGACCUCGCCCAGCCCCACC